CAAGUCGUAAAUUAGCAGGAAAAUUGGUAUUAGAACCGAUUCCAGACCCACUCCCAGAAAGCAGAAGUAUCCCGUAUCCGUGUCCGGUUCCGCAGAAUGGCGCGACGCAAGAACAAACCGCGCCUCAUACCCGAGCAGGACAAGCGCAUCUGUCGUGCCAUUUGCCUCUGCCAGCUGACAAUGGUGCUCUCCUGCGUGUCCAUUGUCUAUCUCAGCGUGGCCAUCUAUUCGCCCUCGAUGAAGGCCUUCAAGUCCGGCUUCGAGCUGGAUCCGGUCAUGUGCCAGACCGUCGACCGUCAGAUGCCCAACAACUGCCCCUGGGCCUCGUGCGGCGAAUGGUGUCUGACCCGCACCAGUGGCUUCUGUCCACAGAUACACUCUGUGGUGCGUCGAAAUGGCACGGACAUUCAGCUGAACAACUGCACGCGGGUGACCAAUACCUCGUGUGCCAUGAUUGACAUGAGUCGCCUGAACAAAUUCAACUGCAACAAUGGCACCGCCUGCAACAACAUACGCGGCGUGUUCAACUGCUCCAAUGGUCACUGCAAGAACAUGUCCGAGUUCUUUUUGUGCCAUCACAAGGCCGAUGGGCCAACGAUAAACUCUGCCAAGGACAACACCAAACUGAAUGGUUUCUUCGAAUGCCAUGGCGUACACUGCACCAAGAUCAAGAAGCCCUUCGACUGUGAUCGCUACUGCUCCAAGAUAACCACGGCCAACGUCAACACGCUCAUCAUGCAUGAGGAUAAUGUCAUUGCAGCUGACUGCGAGAAUGCUGUGGCCUUCAAUCAGGCACGUGGCUCCGAGCACGGAGUACGCAUCGAUCCCGUUGAAAUUUGGAAAGAGGACGACGGCAACCUGUUGACCAACUGUGCCACAGUCACCCGCGAGUCGGACAAUCGCAUCACUGCCACGGAUUGCCUGAAUGGCACCCUCCUAGAGCACGAUACGCUGCCAGCUCCCUUCAUGAACUUUACGCAGUUCUGGGCCAUCUAUGAGAACAGCACCAGGGCCGUGGACCCCGAGCACCAGCAGUAUCUGCCGAAUCAGGCAAAUCUAACCAUUUACAGCUGGAAGAAACUGUACAUCAACCUCGAGGGCUGCGUCAAUACGCUGCGGGGCGAGUGCAAGGACUUUGUGGCUCGCUAUGGCAACGAUGGGGACAACAAUACCGCCCAGUCACGCUAUCAGUGCUACUACAACAAGGAUGCGAGCGUGGAGUUUGUGGUGGCCCGGUACGAUCUGGAUAAGGUGUACAGGGAGCUGGUGGUCUCGCUGAUUGUGCCCAUUGUGCUGUUUGUGGUCUCCUCCAUCUCCCUCUGCAUCAUCACAAAGUCCGUCAAGGUGGGCGACGAUGCCAAGAUGCGCUGCGUCUGUGCCGGCGAUGAGUCGGACGAUGAUGUGUUCGCAGCCGGGCCAGCGGGCAAGCGGCCCGAGCCAAUGUAUGACACGGACGACGAUGUGGUGGACCUGGAGCACCAGGCAGUGGGCGGCCAGGAGCUGGAGGACAUUGUCGGUCUGCCGCUCGACAGCCACGAAAUGAUUGGCAGCACCAAGUCCCUGAUACCACUCAGCCCCACGGGAGACUCCAACACGAGUGAGCAGAACUUUGACGAGGACCAAGAGAAGGCAGCCAAAUGCGAUGUGCCCGAAAAACCGCUGGUUAUCCUCUAAGGAGACAUCGAU